UUCAAACCCUAACCAUGCGCGAACAAUAACUUCCUCUCUCUCUCUCUCUAGAUCUCACAGAGUUUGGCGUAUUCCAAUGACGUGAAUAGAGUGCUGUACGGUGUCCAUUUUCGCACUUUGCGUGCGCUAUUGUGAUUGAUCGGUGAUUCUACUGAGUUUCAUUUUGUUGCAUGAUCGACGGUGAUGGCGUCAGCUUGCGUAAACAACGUCGGAUUGUCGCCGGAUAAUUUCCUAGAAUGUUCUCCAGCAACUUAUCCCUCUUAUGGUUGGCUCGGUCCUCGAAUCUCAUUCAGCAGAGAGUUUCCCAGCGACGAAUCAUCAAAAAUCCCCUUACAGAAGCUCAAGACAUCGCUUCACGCUGAAAAACAACAGGAAGUCCAGGGGGAGGAAUCAGAUCCGGAGGUUUUCGGCAACGACGUGGGAGAUUUCGAGUUCCGACUCGAAGAUCCGGUGAAAAUGCUCCCCGCCGACGAACUCUUCUCCGACGGCAAGCUAGUUCCCCUUCAACUGUCCAUGAUCCCACCUUCCAUGACAUCGACAACUGCCUCAGUAGAGAUGGGAUCGCCUGAUGCGCCGAAAACUCGCCGGAGAAGUGAGACAUCGAGCAUGGAUCCGUACUUGUUCUCUCCUAAAGCUCCUAGGUGCUCCAGUCGCUGGAAAGAGAUUCUAGGUUUGAAGAAACUCUACCUAAACAGCAAUGCCAAGCAAGAUAACCACAAAUCGGUGUCGUCUGUGAACACUGGUAAAUCUUUGAAGCAUUUUCUUCACCGUAGCUCUAAAUCUUCAAAGUCAGCUUUAGACUCAUCUCUGAGCCUUCCAUUGCUAAAGGACGCAGAUAACGAGUCCAUUACAAUAUCAUCUCGCUUGUCAUUAUCAUCCUCAUCGUCCGGUCAUGAUCACGAUGAUCUACCCAGGCAUUCGAUAGAUUCUGAGAAGCCAAGUCUCAACCACAAUCCAUUGUCUCUUACUCGAAACUCUAAUACAAAUUCUAACCCGCCGAGGGUUCGAGUCAGGAAGCCAAGGGCAUUAUCGUCCGAGAAUCCGGUGGGUACAGGGGUGGGCCGGAGCCCAUUGCGCCGAGCACCGGACCCCACGACAACUACUGGUCGUGGAGUCUCUGUAGAUAGUCCACGUAUGAACUCUUCAGGAAAGAUUAUCUUUCAUAGCUUGGAGCGUAGCUCAAGCAGUCCAAGCAGUUUCAACAGUGGGCCUAGAUUCAAACACCGAGGAAUGGAGAGGUCUUAUUCAGCCAACGUUCGUGUAACUCCGGUUCUUAACGUUCCGGUUUGUUCCCUGAGAGGUUCUUCCAAGUCUGGUGUAUUUGGGUUCCCAUUGUUUUCCUCACCACAAAAGAGGGAGGCUGGUGGCUCUAGUGUUGGUAAUGGAGGAGGAAAUAAAGGUCAACAGAGUUCCAGUAAGAACCGGAUGGAUCGAUUUUGAUGCUCUCAAUCAAAUGGGAUAGAGUUGGUAACGCUCACCUUUUAACAUUGCUUUAGCUUUUUUCGAUUUGAAGGUUCGGUUAUGGCUUCUUAUUGUUUUGUUGAGGCAAUAGUGCAUGACAUUGUUGGAGUUCAUUUGGUUUUUUGACAGAUUUUAGAUUGUAAUGUACAUAUGCGAAGACUCCAUUUGAUUUUUUUUUUCUUCUUCUUGUUAGUUAUUCUAACUAAAAUUUCUGAAACUAAUG